AUGUCUUUUCUUACUGACUUUCAGCGCUCUGCGGUUCAGAGUGCACAGAUCCUCCUUGAAAAUGCUGGUCUGUCUCCACGAGACCUGGAUUCAUUCUCGUCGUCGUCAUCAUCGCCGUCACCACCGUCAUCAUCACCGUCACCACCACCAUCACCUUCAUCACCUCCUCCUAGUACUCUGCCUAAAUUCUGCCCUGCUUCUCUAUCUACUCGUAAUACCUGUCUAGCUGUUGCUGGCACCCGUUAUACCCCACCUCCUGCACAACCUUUUACAGUGGAAGAUCGUCUGCAAGGACGGCAUCGUGUCACGCGCAAGACUUCUGCACAUGCCAUCAUCGAGCACCCAAUUGGUGCCACAGUUGAGUACCCACAGACCGGAUGCCAUGCCGACGAAUCUGUUGCCCAUAUCUUUCAUAUAAACCCUUCCAUGUUUACUUCUACCUUGCAUCCUAAGUCGAGCUUCCAGUAUUCCUUGGGUGACGGGCACGGUGGUCAAAUCAUUGGGAAAUGUCUAAUGCUCCAUGAUGCUGGAGGGCAACCAGUUUCGUGCGCAAAGCUCAGAACAUCAUGCAAGGGCCUCAAAAUUUGUUCAGGACGUCAGCAUGAUAUCUCUGCACACCAUUUCACCAAUGUUUCUGAAGUUUUAGCUCACCAUCCAUCUACCUUGCGACGACGAGGUCCUGCUGGCACUGCUGACCAAGAACUUUUCAAGAAAACUCUUGCGUUUUUUUGUUGCUCUUACAUCUCUACCAGUUCUGAUACCGAUCUCCAUAUUGGCUGCAUACCAUCAAGUCGUCGACCAGUCAAAAAAAAAUGUAAUGGAAGACUUGUCAUGCAUUUUGAUGCAUAUAAUCAACCAUUUAUUCGAUGCAGCCUGCAUUCUCACACUGCACGCUCGCAUUUAUUCAUACAAAAUUUGCAGGAGAGUGAUACCUGCUACUUGCAGGCACUACUGGAUGACGACCACCACAUGAUUACGAAGUGCGAGCAACUUGCAAAGUCACAGGGAUAUGGUCCCCUGAUGCCGUGUAGUUUUGUUACUGGUCCAUCAUCACAAAAACAAGUGUGCCAUAUGUUUUUUUCCUCACAUUGGCAUCGCCGGGCUGAUGGUACAUUGAAGCAAGGUGUUCUACGAAAAUGGGCACACAACUGUGCAGCAUCAUUUGACAUAUAUGUUCCUGAAGAUCUAUUUGCCUGCCCUCAAAUACUUGUCCUUUGCACCAACCCUCAUUCACAUCCCCCUCCUCUACCUGUCAAAACUCUGCCUCCCCUCAUUGAUGUAUUUCAUGGAUUAGUUUCCCUCAUGAAGUGGAAACUUGCAGAUGCAACACCACGACGAAUAUACCUGGAUACGGCCUUUGUUGAGGGUCUUCAUCGAGUGCUCGACUGGCAAUUUCCUGAUGGCCACGAUGCAAUGCUUCAAGACCUCCAUCCAUCACUCGCUAAUCUUGACCAUGUGCGUCGCCUUAUUAACAUAACGAGGUCUAUGAAGUACCCAAGUGGAACAGGAUUUGAAGGUGCACGUCGUCUUGCAAACGAACAUGCAUCCCUGCCUCUGGAGCAGCGCUAUGUCCGCUGUGCAGAAACACACGUCAUUGAAUGUGGUGUGGAGUUCAAACUGGUCGUGUGUAUGACAUCACAAAUGUCAUCACAUCUCAUACAAGCCAAAUGUUUGUCUAUUGACACCUCAUUCAAACAAGCACAAGGAUGGCAGGAGUUUGAGAUUGAAUCAUGGGAUAGUAUUAAUGGUUCUUCAGCUGUUGUUAGCACUCGUGCCUUCACCACAUCACAAAGUGCGAAGGCACACUUAAUUCUCUUUCAGCAAAUUUUUGACAUUGCAUCUGCAGACACUGGCCAGUCUUUUUCAUUUCGCCACAUUCAUGGCUUCAGGUGCGAAAUUGUUAUUGCUGACAGCCACAAAGGCCAAGGACUUGGCUUAGGAAUGUACUGUGUGCAGCUUUCACAUUCCAUCUCAACAUCAUGCACACAUGAACCUCACCGACGUGUGUCCGACUUGGGCCCAUAUGAUCAUCUUCGCCGUUUUUACCGGCUAUGCGUAGCUCACUUUAAGAGAAAUGUUCAUGCUCUUCACACACAUGUUUCGGACAAAGUUUACUCGGCAAUGCUUAGUUUAGCGACAUGUGAGGAACACCCAGACAUCCAGAGAACAUUCAAUACUAUUCAUCGUGGUGGGCCAAAGGCUGCAGCAUGGUUGAAAGACAAACUCGAAGGAACAAAAUUCGCACUUCCGGCACUGUACCAACCUAUGAGCUUGAUUCCUCUCGCAUUAUGGAAAGCAUCACCUUCUACGACCAAUGGGAACGAGCAAGCUCACCGCAAUGCGUACCGCGAAGGUGUACACUUGACUCUGUUAGCUGGAAUCAUGAAGGGCAUGAAGUUCGAUCAAGGAGCAACGAGUAGCAUGAAUGUCCAUGCCACAUUUGGAGUCUCAACACGAGACCAAGAGGCAACUCAAGUUUAUCGUGCAACAAGAUGUAUUGUGCGGCAAAGUACGAGCUUUAUCUUGAAUAUUGAAUAUAACUGA